AUUAAAUUAAUCAAUUAAAAGUUGGUGCAUGUCUUGUUUAAAACUGUCGAUUAAUGCUAAGCAAAGAUCCCACAGCUCACAUCACCCAUUCCAAAAUUAAAAUCAAUCAAAUAGACACCAAAAUGUCUUUGAAAUGACCAAAUCUAGAAACAAAGUGCUUCUUUUUUGUUGUUUCCCAACCUUUGUAAUACUUUUUUUAGUCCCAUCCGCCAAACACACCCUACAAUACUAUAUAAGCAGAUCAAGGCAUUAUUACUUUUAAACUUUUCUUUCAACUGUAGACCAAGUUAGUAAUAAAAAUGGGUACUAUCUCCCACCACUUGUCCCUUAGCAUCCUAUGCUCCGUCGACAAAAAUGCUCGAAAACCGAAUAAACAGAAACUCCACUGCGUCAAGAUAAACGGGACCAAGAGUAGUAACAACGUGCAGUUAUUGAGCCAAGAUAAUAAUAAUAAUCAUGUAAUUGCAAUAAGCCCUUGUGUUGAUGAGAAUGUUUCGGUAUUCGAGCAGCAAAACCGUCAGAAUAUCCCGACGAAGAAGCAGUUGAUCGAUCCGUAUCGUCAGGGAAUUGUCAUAGAAGACGGUGUUGGAUACAGACAGACAGUUGUCGUCAGGUCAUACGAAGUGGGCCCCGAUAAAACCACCACCAUCGAGAGCAUACUCAAUUUGCUUCAGGAAACGGCAUUGAAUCAUGUAUGGAUGUCGGGGCUACUAAGCGACGGGUUUGGUGCGACACACGGGAUGAUGAAAAACAAUCUGAUUUGGGUUGUUUCGAGAAUGCAAGUUCAAGUCGAUCAUUAUCCAAUCUGGGGAGAGGUGAUUGAAAUAGACACAUGGGUUGGAGCAUCAGGUAAGAAUGGAAUGAGGAGAGACUGGCAGCUCAGGAGCCAAGCCACUGGCCUCGUUUUCGCACGCGCAACCAGCACAUGGGUGAUGAUGAACGAGAAAACGAGGCGUCUAUCAAAGAUUCCAGACGAAGUAAGGGCUGAGAUUGCACCGUGGUUCAUAAAGAAGCAAGCCAUAAAAGACGAAAUUCCUGAGAAGAUACACAAACUGGAUUCCAAUGCAACCUAUGUUCACUCAGACUUGAAGCCGAAAAGAAGUGAUUUGGACAUGAACCAUCACGUUAAUAACGUGAAGUAUGUCGGAUGGAUGCUCGAGACAAUUCCCGAUGAAUUCAUGGAGAAGCACCAGCUUUCGGACAUGAUACUAGAAUACCGACGAGAGUGUGGUAGCUCCGAUGUGGUGCAGUCACUCUGCGAGCCGCAACAAUACGAAGGGCUUCUAAAAACUGGGAUUGAUCAACAAUAUAAUAAUAAACAUAACCACAUUGGAUUGAAUGGGAACUCAUUUUCUUCGGAAAUUCUCGAGAGAAAAGGUUUGCUCGGGUGCUUAAAUAUCGGGCCGUUUAGCUUCACUCAUCUGCUACACGUAAAAGGGGAACUCAAGAAUGAAGAAAUAGUGAGGGGAAAGACCUUAUGGAAGAAAAAAAUCAAUUCUGCACCAUUUCAUUCUUAGCAAAAUUUAUUCUGUAGCGUUAAACGAGCCAGUCGACUUCUUCGGGAAGCAGAACGAAAAAUGUACACAAAUAAAAUGUGCCAAAUUGAAAAAAAAGACAUGGAAUUUGUACAAAUAAAAUUGUAAUAAG